AUGGUACCUUCUCGAGUCCAUGGUGACUCACUGUGGUGUACUGGUGUGUGCGUGUUGCGGCGGGUGGCAGCGGGCGGGCAUGGCGGCCGGGAGCGCGGCGCGGCGUGGCGGCCAGCACUGCGACUGGGAGGCGGGAGCGCGGCGGUCGCGCACGCGCGGCAGGCGGUCGCGCACGCGCAGCGACACCUGCGGGCGGCGCGGCAGGCGGUCGCGCGGCGGGCGGGCGUGGCGGCCCGCGGCCGGGAGCGCGGGCGGGCGUGGGCGGCCGGGACUGGGAGGCGGGAGCGCGGCGGGCGGCGCGGCAGCCAGUCGCGCAGCGGCCAGCGGGAGCCGGGCAGGGCGGCGUCGGCAACCGGGAGCACGGCGGGAGCCGGGAGCGCGGGCGGGCGUGGCGUCGGCAGCCGGGAGCGCGGUGGGAGCGCGGGCGGGCGUGGCGUCGGCAGCCGGGAGCGCGGUGGGAGCGCGGCGGGCGGGCGGGCAGGCGGCUGUGAGUGCGGGCGAGCGGCGGGCGUGAGCGCGACAGGCGCCGGGCGAGCACGCGCGCGGUGGACUGCGAAGUGCGUGCUGUGCUGUGCGUGCAGUGCACUGAGUGCAGUGCUGUGCGCCUGUGCUUUGUGCUGUGCAGUGCUGGGCAGUGCUGUGCUGUACAGUGCUGUGCAGUGCAAGCCUGCAGCUACAGGGGCGGUCCGCGGACGGCACACGGCAGACGGGCAGAGUCAGUGUGAGCUUGUGAGGUAA